GUGUUACAAACCCCCUGGCUGAUUUGAACUGUAGCCACGCCCCCUCCGCUUUGCUGAUCCACUGAUGUGUCCGGGGCGGGGAGAGGGGGCGGCCUGUUUUGCUGCACUCUGACCAAUCAGCGGCUGCGUGCGCUUGCGUGCGGGCCAAUGGCAGCGGACGUUACAUCGGUUUGUGUUGUGUGAGCGGCGCGGUGGUUAGUUACACGGAGUGAGUGAGGAGGCUGACGGGCGCUGCCGCCGGGCUGCAGCGGGUGACAGAUAUUUGAUUGGAGGCGUUGCCGCAUAGCAGGACCAUGAGUUGGGUGGUGGAAGAGUGGAAGGAGGGUCUGCCCACGAAGACCCUGCACAAGAUACAGGAGCUGGAGGGUCAGGUGGACAAACUGAAGAAGGACCGCCAGCAGCGUCAGUUCCAACUGGAGUCUCUGGAGGCGGCCAUACAGAAACAGAAACAAAAGGUUGAAAGUGAGAAAGGAGAAGUAACUGCGCUGAAAAGAGAGAACCAGAGUUUAAUAGAAUUAUGUGACAACCUGGAGAAGACCAGACAGAAACUGACCCACGAACAGCAGGUGAAAGAGACUCAGGUCAACAUCCUAGAGGGGCAGCUGGGCGCCAGCAAGAAACACAUCGAGAAGCUGGAGCAGGAGCUGAAAAGGUAUAAGAAUGACUUGGAGAGAAGCCAGCAAUCGUUUAAUGCCGGGGACAUGUCUGUCUGCGUUACUCCUCAGAAGAGUGUUACUGUCUCAUUUACACCCGUUACGUUCAGCGAUCCUAAGUACGAGGAGCUGCAGGAGAAGUACGGCGCCGAGGUGGAAGAGAGGAAGAGGCUGGAAACAGAGCUAAAACUUCUUCAGAUUAAAAUGGUAAACCAUUCUUCUCAACCCCCUUCCCAAAACACCAUGAAUCACCGCGACAUUGCACGACACCAGACCUCCUCCUCUGUGUUCUCUUGGCAACAAGAGCCGACACCGAGUCGGGCGCCAUCCGGCAACCAUGAUUCUUCACUGAAGAGAAGUUUCCCUACAACCCAGUGCCCGUGGGAGCAAGAGGAGACGCCGAGCAAAAGAAGCUUUAAGCCGGACAAUUGUAACCGAAGUUUCUGCGACUCCUACAGCAACCCAGCAAAUGAUCAACUUAAGAUCCAAAAUCAAGAGCUGAGAACCAAAGUUACCGAGCUGGAACUGCGCCUGCAAGUUCAAGAGAGAGAGCUGAAGAAUCACCUCCACAAACUCCAGGAGACUCGGACCCUGUUAGAGAAAUCCCAGGCAGAGCUGGUGGAGAAGGACAGAGCCCUGACUAAGAGCCGCGAUGACUCUGCCCGGGUUACAGCACAGCUGCAGCAGUCUGCGGACAAGUGCGCCCAGACAGAACAGAAGCUGAAGAAGGUGUCGGAGGAGUUGAGCUGCCAGAGGCAAAACGCAGAGAGCGCUCGUCUGGCUGUGGAGCAUAAACUGAAGGAACGAGAGAAGGAAAAUCAGCAGGAACUCUUACGUCAGCAAAAUUCCCUAAAAAAUAUGGAGCAGCAGCUAAAUCAGAUGAAGACCAAACUAGCCCAGGAGUCCCAGCAAGCGAAGAACGAGUUCAACGCAAUCCAGGCGGAGCUUGAUCGUGUGACACAUGGGAAGAAGAGUUUGGAAAGUGAAGUAGAGGAGCUGAAGCAGAAACUUCUUAGGGCGGAACAGACUCUGCAUGCAAGUGAGAGUCAGGGGAGUGAUAUCAGGAGGAACCUGGAGGAGGCCAAGUCUCAGCAAAAUGCAAUUACAAGUCAGCUUGACCAGAAGGCUAAAGAAGCCUUGAAACUAGAAGAGGAAUUAAGCUCCGCAAAGCAAACGAUUCGGCAGAACCAGCAGUUUAUGGAAGAAUUGAAACACAAAAACAACAGCUUGGAGGCAGAUCUGAAAACCGCUUUGCAGAAACUGCAAGGACAAGACUCAGCCAGUUUGCAGCAUCUUACUGUGGCAAUAACUAAACUGGAAAAGGAAAGAGAUUCUGCUCAGGAAGUGCUGAAGAAACGCGAGCGGGACGCAGAAGAAGCCAGGAUUGCGCUAGAUAAAGUAAUGGAAGAGUCUCAGGCUCUGAAGAACCAGCUGGACUGCAAAGAGAGAGAAUGCAGAGACUUGAUAAACACGCACAGUUCACUUGUCAUCUGGAAAAAGGAGCAUGAAGAUGUAACGGAGACACUUUCCAGAGAGAGGGAGGAAAUGUCCGUAAAAAACAGGGACCUGGAGUCUGCAAUCCAGACCCGUAUGGACCAAAUAAACGUAUUGGAACAGGAGAAGAAACAUUUAGACACCCAGAUCAAAGCCCUGCAAGACAACUGUGCCUUAAAUACGGCUGACAUGGAUAUUCUAAGAGUGACCUGCAGGAACCUUCAACAGCAACUAGAAACCGAAAGCCAGAAGCACCGAAAUGAGACGGGAGACCUGAUGAAGAAAAUAUCUGAACUGGAGGCGCAACGUGACGCGCAAGAAUCCAGUGCCUCUUCAGAGCAGAUGUUACACCUGGAGAGCGAGUUAGAGCAGCUCAAAAAACUAAACGGCGAAUUAAAAAGCCAAAACGAAAAGCUCCUGGAAAGCCAGUCUGACAUCCAGAAGAAGUUGGUGGAGGUGGAGGAGAUGCAGGAGCGCUUUGCGUCGCAGUCUAGAAGCCAGUUUGAGAGUUUUCAAGACAAUAUUUCAUGUAAACAAAAUGUGGAUUCUCUUGUUUCUGCCAUCAAGGAAAAAGAAGAAGAAAUCGGCCUGUUAUCGGAAAAACUGCGACUUGCAAAUGCGGACAUUCAGUCCGCUCAUCAGAGUAACCGCGAACUGAAUGAUAAGCUACAAGAGCUUAGUCUACAGUCGGAAUCCUGGUCUACAGAGAGAGCGACACUGACUGCGCUAAUUACGUCCUUGCAACAAGACAUUGACAGGCUGACUGCAGAUCCCAAAAAAGGCGAUUUACCGAAUUAUGAGCAAAAACAAAUGCAGAACGCAAACGCUGACCUAAAGAUUCAAGAGACCGCUGUUCCCGAUACCUUAACCUUCAUGGAGGAAGAUAGCCCGGUAGGCGGGUGCAGUGCCGAAAUGAAAAAGGAAUAUGAAAAUGUAAAGCUGGAGUUAGCUGAAUGGAAAGAGAAUCUCUGCAGAGCCCAGGCAGAGAAUAAUCGUUUGCUCGGGGUCAAUAAAGAAAUGUCUGCGCUUGUAGAGAAGCUCCAGAACAAUGAACUCUCUCUGAAUAAGAUCGUAGAUGAUUUGAGGGUUUGUUUGAAGGAAACUUCUUUAAAAACUAUCCAGGAAAAGUUUGAGAAGCUGAAGCCGGAUCAUGAGGAUAAUGGAAAUCCUCCAGAAAAUCUCCAGAAGCUUUUCCAAAAUAACAUCGAAAGCGAUAACGAGAUAAAUUUGAUGAAACAAACACUAGACGGCUCUGAAAGUCCUAAAGAAAUGACCCUUCUGGGUAUCAGAGAUCCAAUUUUAAUAAUGGAGGAUUGUGAUGUAACCUCAGUAAAUGAUAGUUACCUUCUGGUUGAUGUAACGGAAGGGACUUCUUCAUUUCCGUUAUCAACAGAACCACAGGAUCAUUGUGAAAAUGAGACUUUGCUAAUUAAUCUGGAUCAGCUGACAUUAAUGACGUCAGAUGGUGACAGUACAAGGACAUUGCCUGUCCUGCCAGAUCUCGUCCAGCAAAACUCCACUGCGCUAUCACCUUCAGCGGAGAAUAGUGACGCAAGGCACCGUGAAACGCAGGGACUCAUUGACUUGCUUCUCAGGCAGUUUCCUCAACAGCAGUCUGUUCUGUUCUCUGGCAUAGAGAAUGAAAACGCUCUUGACUUAAAAUACUUGCUGACAUUUUACCAAACAGAACUGAGUAACCUACAAAAGCAGCACUUAGCUGAAAACGCAUUGUGGCAACAGAAAUUAAGAGACCAAGCAUUGGAACUGGAGGCCAAGCUGGCAGCUGAGAUGGCUCGGUCAGACGGUUUAUCACGUGAGCUGGACGCCGCAAGACUCGAGCUGCAGGUUCUCAACUUGAGUGCACACUCACUGCUGUCGUUCAACAGCGAUGAUUUAACCACAAAAUUGGAUGCCACCGACCAGACCAUCUGCACGUUCCUGCCUAUAAGUAGUCUCUCCCUGGGUAACGCUGAACUGCAGAGAUCUGAAUAUCCAAAGCAUGAACGGCAAAGUCCAGAGGAGCUCAAUGCAGGAGAACCGACAGAUGUGGAGAACUUGGACAUGAUCAGUGAUGGAAAUGUUGAUCACACAGGAAAUGUCGAAAAUUCAUCUGGAGAGAAGAAGGUGAGAAAGGACAGUAAUUCAGAGGUCCAUGUAGACAACACGGACCCUCAAGUCAUUUCUGAGCGUCUCCAGUUCAAGGCUCCCAAGUCUCUCUAUGAAAAUCAGAAGCUCCUUCAACUUAUUAAUGAAAAAGAGCAGAUUAAUCAAAACUUGAUUCUGGAAGUCAAAGACCUAUCUGCACAAAUUGAGAAGCAGAGGGCUGAGCUUACCGGCAAACAAAUAGAAAACCAGGAACUUGGAAGUAAGACCGAGGAAUUGCAAAAUGAAAGAUUGCAAUUGCUGGAAAAAAUAGAGUUGAUCUGUAAUGAGAGAGUGCAGUCCAUGAGCAGAAUUGCUGACCUCGAGAAAGAGCUGCAAAAUACGCUAAAUACAAUGGAGAUUGUGAAAGCACAGACGUCCGGUGUGCAGGAGAGUUUAGAGAUCUCUAACAGAGAAUGGAAAGAAAACUGUCUACAAACGGAAAGCGAGCUGAGAAGAGUGAUGUCCGAGAAAGCAAAUGUUGAAGCUCACGCCUUAUCUCUAGAGGCAGACCUGGAUUCCCUCCAUUCCCAGUGCCAGCACUUACAGGAGGAACGUGAAGACAAAUUAAAGUCUUGCAGUGACUUGCAAGAGCAUCUUAAUGUUGCGCUAGCUCAGAAACAUCAGCUAAACCAGGAACUGGAGACUUUACUAGAGGAAAAGGAAGAUCUGGAACAAAUGCACAAGAAGCUGAAAGAAAGGGAGGCAGAGCUGGAAUCCAGUAAAUCGAGCUCUAAAGAAAUAAUUAAGAUAUUGGAAGCUGAUACACGGGCAUUGAAAGAGGAGCUUCAGGCUGCAAGAUCAACCGCGGAGCAGUUAAUUGCAGAACACGAUGAAACGUCUCGCUCGCAGGAGAAUGAGAGGGCGCAGCUCAAGGAGCUGCAGAGUCUGGUGCUGCAAAUACAAGAAGAAAAGAACCUUCUGUGCAGUGAGCAGGACGCUCUGCAGACCCGGCUGAGCGCAGUGGGCGGAGAAAGCGACAAGCUGUCACGUGCGCUGGAAUGCUGCCAGAAAGAAAAGCGUGAACUGUCCCUCAGUCUGAGCUCUGCUCAGGAAGAAGUUGCUCUAAUGCGUACAGGUAUCGAGAAGCUAAAAGUUAGGAUUGAGUCGGAUGAAAGGAAACAGCGCCAUGCUAUUGAGAAACUGAAAGAGAGUGAGCGGAAGUUUGACGGCCUCAACGAUAAGAUAGAAACCAUGGAACGAGAAUUGCUCGUGGCCGAGGAGAAUUUGGAGAACGCCAUACUGCAGGCAGAGACCGCUAAGGAGGAAGCAGAGGUACUGACCUCACAAAAAGAGACUUUGGAAAUCGAAUUGAACAGUGUAAGGAGGAAGCUGUGGGAUCUGGAAAAGGAACAUCUAAUCAGCCAGGAGAAGAUAGCAGACCUAGAAGCCACAGUUGUCACCGUCACCAAUACUUUGGAAAGCAAAGAAGCUGAACACACCCUAUAUAGAGAGAAUUCAGAGGAGCAGCAGGCGCUUCUGCACACACAGCUGGAAGAGAUACGCGAGCAGAAAGCCCUUUCCGACCGCCGGUGUGAAGCGGCCACAGCUGAACAUGCUGAUAUGACGGCUAGAAUAGAGGAAUAUCAAGCACAGUUUAAGGUUAAGAUUGAGUCUGAUGAAAGGAAACAGCGUCAUGCUAUUGAGAAACUGAAAGAGAGUGAGCGGAAGUUUGACGGCCUCAGCGAUAAGAUAGAAACCAUGGAACGAGAAUUGCUCGUGGCCGAGGAGAAUUUGGAGAACGCCAUACUGCAGGCAGAGACCGCUAAGGAGGAAGCAGAGGUACUGACCUCGCAAAAAGAGACUUUGGAAAUCGAAUUGAGCAGUGUAAGGAGGAAGCUAUGGGAUCUGGAAAAUGAACAUCUGAGCAGCCAGGAGAAGAUAGCAGACCUGGAGGCCACAGUUGUCACCGUCACCAAUACUCUGGAGAGGAAAGAAGCUGAACACACCCUGUAUAGAGAGAAUUCGGAGGAGCAGCAGGCGCUGCUGCACACACAGCUGGAAGAGAUACGUGAGCAGAAAGCCCUUUCCGACCGCCGGUGUGAAGCGGCCACAGCUGAACAUGCUGAUAUGAUGGCUAGAAUAGAGGAACAUCAAGCACAGUUUAAGGUUAAGAUUGAGUCGGAUGAAACGAUUCAGCACCAUGCUAUUGAGAAACUGAAAGAGAGUGAGCGGAAGUUUGAUGGCCUCAAUGAUAAGAUAGAAACCAUGGAACGAGAAUUGCUCAUGGCCGAGGAGAAUUUGGAGAACGCCAUCCUGCAGGCAGAGACCGCUAAGGAGGCAGCAGAGGGCCUGACCUCACAGAAAGAGACUUUGGAAAUGGAAUUAAAUAGUGUAAGGAGGAAGCUGUGGGAUCUGGAAAAAGAACAUGUUAGCAGCCAGGAGAAGAUAGCUGACCUAGAAGCCACAGUUGUCACCAUCAUCAAUACUCUGGAGAGGAAAGAAGCUGAACACACCGUAUAUAGAGAGAAUUCAGAGGAGCAGCAGGCGCUGCUGCACACACAGCUGGAAGAGAUGCGUGAGCAGAAAGCCCUUUCCGACCGCCGGUGUGAAGCGGCCACAGCUGAACAUGCUGAUAUGACGGCUAGAAUAGAGGAACAUCAAGCACAGUUGGAGGAGGCCAAGAUGGUCAUCGGGGAUCUCAAGGUAUCUAUUGAGAAGCUGGCUGCGGAGCUAAAAGAAUGCAGAGUUCAGCUGUCUGAAAAGUCUCAGCAACUUGCGGAACGUGAGAGCCAGUGUAAAGCAGCAGAGCAGCGGGAAAUGACAUGCUCUGCAGAAUUGUCCCGAUUAGAGGAGGAACGAGAGACAUUGAUAAGUGAGAAGAAGAGUCUGCAGACAGCGGUAGAAGAUCUGGAAGGCAGGGUCCGGGACUUUUCUGCAGGGAAUGACUCUCUUCAUCAUACGGUCACUGGCCUGGAAGCACAACUUGAAGCUGUAAAAUCUGGAAGACAGGCCCUUGUGGAACAGGUGGUUGAUCUGGAAGAACGCUGCUCCAGCUUCCACCGCAAACUACAAGAGGCUGCUGUGCAACUCAAAGCCGCCGAAGAGCAGAACCGCAGUGACCGGAACGGCUGGGAUGAGGAGUUGCGGGCAAUGAGACGGAGGCACGAGGAGAGCGGUGCUCUACUCCUGGCUGCUACCUCAGAAACCGCAGACAUGGAGAAGACGGUUGCUGGCCUGCAGGGGGCGCUGGAGUCUCAGGCACAGCAGCACAAGGAUGAUAUCAUGGAAUAUGAGAAUCGUCUUCUCCAGGCUGAUUCUCGUCACCAGUCGCUCCUGGCUGAUAUGGUGAAUCAGCACAAAGGAGACAUUGAUCUCUAUCAGGAGAAGCUGACGUCGGCAGAAGCACAUCUUAAUGCACACAGGCAGGAGAUUGACGGCUUAAGAGGGUGCAAUGGGGAAUUGAGUGAAUCCUUGUGCAAAGCUCAGGAGCAGCUGGCAGAGCUACAGCGACUGAAGGUGACCAUUGAUCAGGUCAAAAAGGAAAAUGCUAAAAACUGUAAAAAUUUCCGUCACUGGAUGAGUUCGUGUAAGAAGCUGGAACAGGAGAAGGAGCGGCUGCAGCAGGAGAUCUUGCAGCAAGAGGAGGCUUGCAAGGGCGUAAUGCAGAAGCCUGCCGAUACAAACAUGAACACCAGCGCCGAACUAAAGCAAUGUUUGGAGGAGAAGACGCUCGAGGCGGAUGAAAGCGUUGAGAAGUACUGCAAUCUGCUGAUCAAAACGCACAAGUUAGAGGACACUAACGACGCGCUUACAAAGCAGGUGACCUUCCUGACCUCAAGGCUGCGGGAAGCAGAAUGCAAACAAGAGGACAGCACUCCGUCACCGGCAUCUGCCGUCCCAAUAAGCAAGUCUAGCAGGAGAGGAGGAAAAGGCAGGAGGUCCACACAGGGGCCCGAGAAUACCGCACCGGGGCCCGGAAAGCAGGCUAAUAAGAGGCAGAGAGAGUCUGAUGACCCAGGACACACUCCCACAACACCACAAUGUGUCACAAAGAAAGUGAGGAAAACUGGGACCAAUACCGCACAGGAGGAGAAGUUUGAGCCCGAAGGUCUUCCAGAGGUGGUGAGAAAAGGGUUUGCUGAUAUCCCGUCAGGAAAGCGAAGCCCCUUUAUCCUCAGGAGGACAGCAGUGCCAUUAAGGAAAAGCCCCCGUCUCCAUUCACAAGCGAACUCUCCGUCCAUUACCAGCACCCAGAUGGAUGAUGUAGAAAACCUUGCUGAUCCCGCCAGUCCGCCAGCAGGGGGCAGCAAAUCACAGAUGUCAAAAUCCAUAGAUGCCAGUCUCCUGCGGUCGGACCUCGCACUGAUGCACGUUUCAUCCCCGCUGUCUACUCACAACAAGCUGACGAGCCGUGCUGCGGAGAGUCCCUGUACCGGACGAUUGGAGGAGGACCGCGCAUGUGUCGCACCUUUACACGACCAGUCUGAGGAGGAGGGAACGUGCCAUGUCCAGUAACCCCUCAUCAAGCGUUUUAGACUUUUUAUUAUUACUAUUAACCUCUAUUUAUAGGGCGUUUACAGAGUACAUGUACAGAAAGAGCGGCCUGAGGGGCUGAUUCUGGGUCUGUCGGCAGUCGCCCGUCUACAACCUUAUGCAAAUGACUCCCAUAAAGCCGUUCCCUGGUGUAGAUCCGUGCGUCUGAGUGUGCCAGAACGGAGAUGCCCGCUCCGUGUCAGUGGACGCAGAAUUGCCGAUUUGAUGAGUCUUUAAAUGCACCAUCCACAUUUUCACCAGCCCAUAAUAUGGAGCAUCUCCGUGCCUGCGAUAAGCCACCUCACGAUCACCGCCCACAAACACCCAACAUAUUCCAGAGACUGUGCGUCUCCUGUGCCCCUCCCCCCGAAUCUGUGCGCACACUAUCUGGAGGCAUGCAAAGAAGAAAAAACAAACGCUCCACGGCGUCCGACAUCGACUGUGUGUGCGCCUCAUAAUCCGGCCCAAAGCGCAUAACAAUACACUACAAACAAAGCUGGAUUUAAGGCUCACUGAAUCUGUACGAGUGCUGGCUGGAAUCUGUAGUGCGUUUCAUAGAUUGUGGCUUUAUCGCAGGGGGGGCAGGAAGAUAGUAAAGCGUGAAAAAGGGAACGAGUGGUCAGGUAAUUGGUUUAGUACACAGGUUCUCAAACACAAUCCUCAGGACCCCAAACAGUUCAUGUUUUCCAGUUCUCCCCAUAGAAUCACAAGUGCCGGGUGACCUCAAAACGUGCCACGUGCACUUACCAAAGCAAAUAGGGACCUUCAAACACAUGUCGCCAUCUUUCAUGAGACUGGAAAUCUGCGUGCCAUUGUCCGUUCAUAUACAGUAUCGGUAUCCGGCAGGCUGGGCGGACUUGCCCUGUGCUGGGCGUCUCCCGCAUGUAAAAAAAAAUUGAUCGUAGAUGUGCGUUUUCUGAAUUUGGCCCAAGCGUAAUAAAUCGCAUUACUCAGCACAGUCUCCCCGUGCGUCCUAGCAGAGUUGCGCUGCGACUAAGACACAUUUUCAGGCAGGUUAGAGUAGUUUGGAAGUUGGCGGCUCACUCACGCCAGGCGUGUCGUGCUGGAUGUACGAGGACGCAUCUGUAUGUCUGUGCCAAAUUCUCCCCCUUCCAUCAUGUUACAGCAGAAAUAGAGAUGAAACGUAGAAUGUGACGGCAGAUAAGAACCACUGGGCCAGUCUAGUCUGCGCCAUUCAUCAGCGCAGCCUCUGUCUAGUGUCCGUUAUAACGAUACGUCGCAGCAUUUUAUAUAGUUCCUCUGUGUCAGAUGGCGGGGAGGGAGGGUACAUGGAUUGUGCCAUCACAGAGCUGCCGGCCGCCGCCUCCAGCAGCGGAGCAUGUGACCAUGAUAACAUGCGUUGCGUCAUUGCACCCGCUUCACUGGCGUAGUGGAUGAGAUCAGAGAGGGUGGUCUACUCUUCCCGGAGGGCUCCACCAUGUUCAGGGUCUGGGAGGAAUUGCCAUAUAUACCUGGCAUGUAUUGCUGGUAUAUGUGGUACAGGCUGCAUCGCACGUUACACAGCCGUCACUUGUCUCUGACAUCGUAUUGUAUAUUAUGAUCUCAUUUUAGAACCCGCUUUGUAUUAUUUGUCAGUAUUUAUAUGUUGUACAUAUUUCAUGUUUUUCUACAUUUUCCAUAUCUGUCGUUCUGAUCACGUGUAAUAUGUUUCUGUGCGAUCUAGAACUGCUAUGUACUUACAUUCCGGAUUUCUUAAAAAAACAUAUAUUUACA